UAAUGUGCGUUCAGUUUCAGCCUCAGUCGAGUGGCUGUGAUAUCAGCAGUGAGGUUCUGCGGGCGGAAGGGACACGGAAUUUGUCCUCAGAACGGGAGAGUCUGACAACUUUACGUGCAAAGGGGGGUAGUUUAAAUACCAUGAAGUCGCUGCUCUUGUCAGCGUUGGUGGCUUCGGCGCUCGUGUUGGUGGCGGGAGGCAAUGCUUGCGAUACGUAUUUCACCAACCCCAACAUGACCUGCAUCAAGGCUUACGAAUGCGGACCUGGUGGAAGCUCUAUCACCAUCUAUGAGGACUGUCCCCCAGGAACCGAACUUUUAACUGCUAUAGAUACAAACCCAUCUUGUAACUGCGAUCGCUUGACUGACUGUGGAAAAAGUGUUCGACUGAAAACACAGCUGGACGCCGAGAAGGACAAUACCUUCACAAUCAACUGCUAUCUUUUCAGUGAAUCAUAUAUAACAGAGUUCCCUGUAGAGAACGUGAAUGAAUUCUUUCCUCAAGUUCAGGAUCGAGGCCCAAUUUUUGACAUCAGGGUUCCCGAGGGAGGCGGUCAAGAAGUCAUCGCCACCUUCAGUUAUCAGGACGAAGACUACAAGGAAACCCAAUCGCUAACUUGUGAACUGAGAAGCGGUGACAUUGACAAUUUAUUUGAAGUAAUCUCAGACUACGAGAACGAAAUGAUGAGUUUCUCUCUCGGAACCAAAAAUUCGCUUGAUUUCGAGAAGAUGAUGUAUUACAGACUCGAGUACGAUAUUAAGAGCACAGACAGCCGUGGAGACAUCCUGGUGGCGAAUCAGACGAUCCUCGUGUUCGUGGACGACAUCGGCGACAACCCGCCCUACUGGAUCAAGACGCAGCCGUCGGUCUCGCUCGAGGAAUGCGACGCUGGUGUGUCCGUUGUCCAAGUGGAGGCUAGUGACAGAGAUGUCGAGAUCAAUAAUGCUAUAAGAUACAGCAUUACGGAUGGAAACGAUGAAGGGUUCUUCACCAUUGAUGACACCGGUGAGGUCAAGACUGCGAAGAAGAUCGACCGCGAGGCGUUGGCCACCACGACCUUCGCCCUCACCGUCACGGCGACGGAGCACAACGCCGACGGCAGCGUGGCGGACGAGCCCAAUUCGAGCACGCAGGCAACGAACGUAUACAUUGUGGAUGUGAAUGACAACGUGCCCACUUUUAACGAACCCGAGUACUACGCUGAGAUCGACGAACUGAAUGAAAACGAAGAUGUUUUUCUCAACAUUGACCUUUUUGUAACCGAUAUGGACGAGGGACAGCAUGGAACCUUCACCCUGACUUCAGAUAAACCAGAGGACUUAGUGGUAUCUCCAAGCCAAGGGAUGGGGAAUGAGACACUGUCCCUCAAAGCGAAGUGGCGUGAUGGUACGCUAUUCGAUUACGAGAAGACACAAGAUAAUCUCACGUUUACGCUAACGGCAACUGAAGUAAGUGACCCAUCCCACGUCGGCACAGCCACCCUCGUCGUCAUGAUCAAUGACGUGAAUGACAAUAGACCAGUUUUCUCGGAACCUGUGUACAACGUCAACGUAAAUGAAACGGAGCCAGAGGGCUUCCAUGUGACCACCGUGAAGGCAACGGACAGCGACAUAUCACCGGACUUCGGCACAGACAGUAUCAGAUAUUCAUCGACGGGUGAAAAGGAUCGGGAGAGCUCGUCGUGUGUAAUACCGCAGAUGGUCGUAUGGGAGGGCUGCAAUUCCAACGAAAAACCAAACUCCUUUAAGGUAUCAAUGGAUACUACACUACAUGAUGAACCGUUAUCCAAGAAAAAGUAUGCACGACGAUUAUUCAAUGUAGAGGGGAGGAGAGGAGGCUGGCUUUCGUCGUUGGGAAUGCAUGAUGUUGAUAUAUGGCGUAUGGGAUCUAUUACGUCUGAUGCCAACUGA